AUUCAUCGCCCCCACAAAAAAAUAUUUUCUCUACAGUACUUUCGUCAUUAAAACUGUUAUAGAUUCAAUUUAGACUUUAGUCUUUGUUGUUAACAUUUCAUGAACAUAGGAAAAUUGAACAUUUAAUAGCGCUUUUUCCUGCUCGACAAUUAAAUUAAAAAAAUUUAUCCAGUGAUUUAUUAGAAAAAGUAUGCUUCAUCACGUAUGAAAGUGGAGAAUAUAAUGUUUCAAACCGGUCGUCGUUCGGCAAUAAGUAGCUCAGAACUCGGACUUUAUUCUGAUCGUUUCGAUUACUAUAAUAGAAAUAAUUACGGACAAGUUAUAAAAAAAUUUGUCAUCGGAGUAAUGGCAGUUGUUGCUGUAAUUUUGGCGGCUAUUUUCAUUUAUGAUUUUGCUUCUGGAGCAACGACUGCAAGUAAAGUCAGUCAAGAAACGAAACAUGUUUAUAUUUUACAAAAUUCUAUAAAAAAACCGUCAUAUUUAACAAAAAAAUCUACAACUAUCUCUCCGUUACCCCAAUCUCAAAAACUUACAUCUUUAGCAAUCGAAGAUAGAUCUGAUGUUGAUGAAAACUUAUCAUAUAUUGAUUUAAGCCCGACAGUGAAUAAUGAUAAUAAAAAUUUCUAUGAAGAUAAUCUUGAAAUGAAAAGCCAAAAUUUAUCAAAUUUUAAAUUGCGCCAAAAAUUUUUAAACUCCCAAAAUAAAGAAGAAGAAGAAGCGGAUGAGGAUAAAAUUGAAAGUAAACAAUUGAUUAAAAAUCAUGCUGUUAUGUAUAGAGUUAGACAAAUGUAUAAACAUCCUGACUUUAAAGAAUCUUUGAACAGACAGGAAUUUAGACCGAAACCGUUUCAUUUUGAAUUAAAAACACCACAUCCUUCAUCAUUUAAAAAAAUCAAAUAUCCCCAGUUGAGUCAAUACAGGUAUCCUCAUACAUCACGAAAUAUUCAAGAUAUUAUUAAAUAUUUAAUCAAAGAUCCAACCAGUACUAAACAUGGUAUAAAAUUUACUGGAGUUUAUGUAAAUCCAAAAAAAUAUGAUCUUUAUUCGGAUAUUAGUGAAAUUAUCCAUAAUGACCAAACUGAACAGUCCGACGAAGUAAAUAGUACUGAAGAAGAAGAAGAUGAAGAAGAGGAAGAAGAAGAAGUAGAUACGUCUCAUAUUACUGUUACUCACCAUGAUCCAUUUUAUCAAUAUAAGCCUAAACAUCCUUCUGACAUUAAUUUUUUGGCACCAGCUAAUGUUAGGUAUUCAUCUGGCAACAUCAAUAGAUACAAUCCUUAUAUUGAGCAUCCCUACUUUCAUCGGCCUGUUGUAUUAACAAGUAAACCAGUAAUCAAUAACGAACCAAUUUACGAUAGUACUGGAGCAUACUCUGGAAGUUAUGGAAAAAAAAAGAAACCAAAACCUUUUAGUGUGAUGUUAGAUAUAUAUCCCAUCACAGAUCUUAAUGAUCAAGUAUCAACUAAAAUUACUUCAAAACCUAAACCAGCCAUAGGCGUACCUCUGACUGGACCAACUUCAGAAGAAAGUAUCCAAGAUUCCCGAUAUCAUCAUUCUCACUAUCGUCCAGAUUUUAAAAGACCGCUUAUUCCAAUAUAUAAAAGAGGCGCUCGAUAUCAUUCGACUCCAAUUCCAAUAGUUGCAAUUCCAGCUAGCCAAUCAGGAUUGCCUGAAGAAGAUGAAAAAAAACAGAUGAUAUUUCACUUAAAUUUAUAUCCACGAAGGAAAAGUAAAUCAAGCAGGUAUGAUAUAUUGAAAAGAUCAGAAAGAAUGCAUGAUGAUGAACAAAAAGAAUUUAUUAAAAAAGUUAUGUCACCAUUGGAAAUUCUUACAAAACAAUUAAUUGAUCAAUCGGCUUUAGAGCAAUCAAAAUUUGUAGAAACCGAUGCUUUUAAUACAUCCGAACUUACAAGAUAUCAUGAGAGUUUUGUAGAAAUGCCAAAUGAAUACACAAAAGAAGAAAUGGAAAACAAUUCAUUGAAAAUUGAAGUUCCAAAAAAUCAUCGAAAUAUGGAAAUAACAUCUAAAAAUAUUUCAAGAACUGAUUUACCGAUUACUCGAUAUCCAGAAAGUCCCAAUAAUAUGACUCAGCAAGUAACACUAACGUCAAAUUUAGAAGAUUGUUCAAAAAAUACAACAAUGUUAGAUGUUGACACAAUUGAAGGUUUUCAAAAAUUUGCAGAUGGUCUUGUGUCGGCAACUUGA